AGGGCGGCGCCGCGGGGCUGGGGCCUGGGCUGCUGCUCGGCCGGAAGUGCCCGCCCGCCCGGGGCGCCUCGGCGGAGAACGCGCUCGCUCGCUUCCUCGCUUCCUCGCUCGCUCCCACGGCAUCCGGACCAGGCACCCCGCAGCCCCGCAGAUCCUCAGCCCUGGUUUUAAGAUGAUGGGAUUGGGAAAUGGGCGUCGCAGCAUGAAGUCUCCGCCCCUUAUCAUGGCUGCCCUGGUGGCCUGCGUCAUUGUGCUGGGCUUCAACUACUGGCUCGCAAGCUCCAGAAGCAUGGAACUCCAGACACGCAUCUUGGAGCUGGAAGGCCGGGUGCGCCGGGCCGCCGCAGAGAGGGGCGCUGUGGAGCUGAAGAAGAACGAGUUCCAGGGUGAACUGCAGAAGCAGCGGGAGCAGCUCGACAGGAUCCAGUCCAGCCACAGCUUCCAGAUGGAGAACGUUCACAGGCUGCACCAGGACGAGAAGGCGAUUUUAGUGAGUAACAUCACCACAGGCGAGAAGCUCAUCAGAGACCUGAAAGCCCAGCUGAAGGCUCUGCAGAGCAGUUAUGGCAGGCUGCAGCAGGACAUCUUCCAGUUCCAGAGGAACCAGACUAGCCUGGAGAAGAAGUUCUCCUAUGACCUGAGCCAGUGUAUCAACCAGAUGAAGGAGGUGAAGGAGCAGUGUGAAGAGCGGAUAGAAGAGGUCACCAGAAGGAGAAACGAGGCAGCCGUUUCCAGAGAUGCAGGUGACAAAAACAGCCAGCGUCAGCAGCCCCUUCAGCCUCAACCCAAGCUUCAGGAAGUCAUCCCGGUAAAGGAUCAGCUGCCACAAGGGGAAGGGGUGGUGCCCAGGAACCAGUCCGAGACACCAGCCCCCAGUUCAGAGGUGCGGGAUUUGAAACCACACGAGCAGAAUGAGGAAAGCAACAAGAUUCUGAUUGUCAGUGAGGAGCAUGGCCUGGGACCACCGAAGGCGUCAGUCCAAAACCAGGCCCCCGUGAAUGACACACCUGUAGGAGCUGGGAGAGCUCAGCAGAUCGCACAAGGGCCAGCUGCCUUGUUGGCUAAGCCUGAGGAUUCUCAGUACCCCGAGCGGUACCAGCUUGUCGUCCAAGAUGGGCAGGAGAAUCAGCAUGCUGCUGAGGAAGAGAAGAACCAGCAGCAGCUGAGAGACGACUACGACACAGACGAAAACGAAGCCGAGUCCGAGAGAGACAAGCAGGCCGUCCUCGCGGGGAACGACGGCGAUAAAAACGAUUUUAAUGAAGAUCAGAAGAGAGGCCCCGUAAAUGUACCCGAUGGGAGUGAAAAGCAGAGGCCCGUCCCAAAUCAAGCAGGAGUCCACAGUCCUCAGGAGGCCUGAACAGAGAUCAGCAAAGGCUCCAGCGACUGAGUAUGAACCUGAAAUGUACAAAGUAAAUGCGCAUCGACAGAUGAUUCCGGGGUUUAAUCAGUACAUUGUAGCAAAGACAGUUUGGGGACCUUUAAAGUGUCUAUAGAGGAUGUCAAAAUUGGUCAAGCUUUCUUAAUAGGUAUUUCUUGAGCAAGUCAGGCAACAACAAAAAGAGAAAUGAGGUUGUCCUGUAGGGGCGGUGUCUGCAGGACCGAGCAGCAGCAGCAGGCCAGCUGCUGGCAAAAGGCCGCACCCCUUCCUGUGCGCUGCUUGCCAGUUUGUGUUCAUUGGACCCGAGUGGCUCAUCUUUCCUGCACAUACUUGAUUCCACUACCGAUGGCCUACAGCUUACUGUCAGCAUAAACAACCACUAGUUGGUGUAGAAAAGUCUCAGUACAAUGUUGUUCUGUGCAGAAGUAAAUUAAAAGACAGCCACUACAUCAGGCUAACCCUUGGACUCAGAAGACUGAGGCAGGAAGAUUGCUACAGGCUUGGGCCAGCCCUAGCUACAUAGUGAAUUUCAAGUCAGAUUGAGCAAGAAAGUAAGACUGUCUUAAAAUGUCAAUUGUGGGGGAGGAUUUUCUUUUUUCUUUUUCUUAAAGACUACUGGUUCAGAUAACCUUUGUUAUUCAUUUGAUGUACAGAACACUAUUAACUUAAGUCAAUGUGAGCACCGAUGGUCUCUACCUUGUUUUUUGUUUGAGUGGGCAAAGGGAAGUCUCUGGUAAGCCACUGCCCCUCACUGGGAAAGGCAGUGGUGGACUGAGCUCUGGACAAAAGCUGCAGGGGCAGGCAGAGCAGACAGGAUGUAGAGCACUGCAAGGACAGAGGCCCAGAGAUGCACAGUUGUGUUGCUAUGGCAGUCCAGGAAGAAGGGCUGGCUGCUGGGGAUACCCAGGUUCUAGCUGGGACACCUACAAAGGCAAGAGAAACACAGCAGCAGUUUUUCUGUAGUUAUGUAUUAUAGUUCCCUGAUGAUAAUGGUGUUAGGCCUGACUUUAGGUGGUCCUUGAUUCUGAUCACUGGGUUCUAACCAACUAACUUGACAGCCGUCACCCUGAGAAGAGAACUCCUGCUUUUCGGUGCUCUCUGAAGAGUCAGACGCUCCACAGGGUCUGAGGUUGUCUGGUGUUGGUCUGACAAGUGGACAGUGCUGGUUAAUUGGGAAGCACCACCACUAGAGCCACUGGAAAACCUCUAGUGCCUUUGGGGCUGGCUGAAAAAUUCCUGCAGUGUAAGUGGAUGCCCAAGUGGUCCAGUCUUCCUGUCAAGCCAUUCUGCUCUUUAAAAACAUCUGAUCACCUGUGGCAGAUGUGGGUUGUGUCUCCUUGCCCAAACAACCAGAUCUGGUGCUCACCCCACCCCAUCUGACAUACAACCCAUGUGUUUAGAUGCCUGCAGGGUCCUCAGACACGCUGUUAGCACACUACAUUCUACUCCAAGGUUCCGUGUUCAAGGGGACUUUGUAUUUUCUAGUGCCCAUUUCCUGCCUUAACUUUGGUUCUGGUUUAAAGUGUAGACAGUGCUGAUCAACAAGUAAAAUAGGUGAGGAGACUACUCUGGUCUCUGAGCUCUAAAACUGCGGGCUGCCUAAUGUCUGUGCUUGACACUUGAGCCAGACCAUCUCAGUACUGACGAGGAAGUCAACAGCCUUACCUCCAUCUUUGCUAGCACUUCAAGUUCACUCAGGCAUGUUUCCAAGUAUUUCUAGGAAAUGUUUUGAUAAAAAGGAAGGUGUCAUGGGGUUGGGGCACAGCUCCCUGAGAGCAUCUGCCUAGUAUGUACGAGGCCCUGGUUGCAUCCUCAGCACCAGCAUAAAGUGUCAAAUUAGAACUAGGACACUGAAAUCUCAAGACCAUUCUUACCAUAAGCCAAAUGAACUGCCGAUGGUCUUGGGCCAACCCACACAAGCAGGCUAAACUUCAGAGUAGUGCUAAAACCACUGCUCCUACAGAGGACAAAAGGGAAGCCCUACAGGCUUACAUGUAACAUACACCAGUGCAGAGGGAUGGGGCCUCUGGCUGGUGGACUGAGAACAGGACCUGCAUCUCAAUACAGUUCGAGGGCUCAGCCGGGACAAAGGCGUGUACCGCAUUCAAACAGACCUAGGCUCAGCAGUGUACACACCUCGCCCGCUGCCGCCAGCAGCAGACACUGCAGCGGGACGUGGUUUCUUAAACUGUAUGAUUGUAGCUCCUUGCGAAUCUGUCCCUCCUCAAAAUCCAUUUCAAAUUUCAACAGAAUCUAAAUGAUUAAUAAACUCAUGUUUCGAAACUUA